CACGUUCGGGCUUACCCAAAGUGGACAGUAGUCGGAGCCGUCGGGUUCCACUCAUUCUGGAAGCUUUGUUUUCUACCAUAGUUUGUGUUACUAUCUAUCCCCUGAUCCUGGGGUCGCCUCGUUACUACAUCAUGCGCGGGGAAAGGGACGCUGCCAGGAGGGUGGUAGUCAAGUACCACAGGAGCAGCGGUGAUGUUAAUGAGGCCAUCAUCGGAAUGACUGUUUCACAGAUUGAAGAUUCUUUUGGAAGUUAUCGAAUUGAACCAGUGGUGUGCUCUUUCCCGGGGUCACUCGUCUCGGUUCAUGGUUCCUUCCUAUACUCGUUUUCCAAUAGUGGAAAUAGUGGUGGUAUCAUCACAUCAUGUGAAAUUUCGCUCCACCUCCCCUUCCUCUUGCUUUUCUUCUCUUACUUGUUUGACUUUGCUUUUACUUUCCCUUGUCAUCUAGCGUUCUUUUUCUUCUUCUUAUCAUUCCUCUUCUCCUUUUUUUUCGCAGUUAAGUGAGCGCGCUGGGCUUUGUCUGACUUCUUCUAGAUUGACCCUGCGCUGAUUCCUAUUGGCGUGGAUGGCACGAUGUAACGACUGGCAAUUCCCCCCCAGUGCCACAGCAACCUACUUUGUG